ACGAAAGCAUUAAGCAGCAGCAACGUGAAAGCUUAAAAACUUAAUUGAACCUACAAUAAAUAUAAUUUACAGAAAAUAUUAUUUUUAUAAAAUUAGCAGUACAUUCUCUAUCAUUUUUAUUGCAUUAUAAUUUUAUACGGAACUACAUAAAAUUCAUUGUAAAGAUGACAAAAUUAAUGGAGUGGCUCCUCUUCGCGACGACCUUCUUAGCGAUUUGGAUUGCUGCAUUAACUGGAAAUAUUCAUCCAUCCUUGGUCUCUGAAUGGAGGCCACUUAUUCUUCUAUUGCCAAUCAUCUCUUUGUUUCUGUUUGGUCUCUAUGCAGCCACUGUUGUUAUGUACCGUGUCUUCACUUUCAAUAACUGCGAAGAGGCUGCUAUAGAGUUACAACAGCAAAUCAAAGAAGCUAAAGCGUUUCUUAGAGAAAAAGGAAUCACUAUCAAGGAGAAUUAACAGUUUUGCAACUAUACUGAUUUCCAGAUGAAUCUGAGACUUUGCAUAGACAAGGGAGCAGGAUACCUCUAAAAGGAAAUACUGGUAAUCGUUGUAUCGUGUCGUUUAUUUCAGCGUUGAACUUCUUCCCUGUGAAUUGCAUUUUGUAUAAUCACACGUUGUUCUUUUACAACAUAUAAAUAUAUUUGUAUCCGCAAUAUAUAUAAUAUAUACGUGUCUUUAUAUAUAUAUAUA